AACGACAUAAUUUUACCGACAAAACCGACACAAUUUAGCAAAACCGGUUGCCCACAACCCUGCAAUUACCGCCACUGGAAAUUAUUCGAGAAGUUAAGUAGGAUUGAGUGUCAUCAUCAAAACACUAGACCCAGUCCCAAUUUGCGUUUGCGCGGGAAAGGGAAGCGAUACUCACUGUGCAUGGUCGGGAAAAAGCAUUGAGGCAAAAUACAUUGAGACAAAUGCACACGUAAGAUUAAUUAUAGGGGAUAUAAAUUUGUUCCUUAACAUUCCCGUGCUGUGUUCCAAUCUAGAGUUUCAAAGAGCUUACUAACUACACAAUAGUGAAACUGGCCUAAAUUUUGUCGACGAGACCUGAAAGUCCAGGGCUAAGCUGAUUGCAAAAGCCCACAGAAAAAAUGUCUGCUGACAAGAGAGGCAAACGUUCGUUUGGUGGUCCAGCUAGCAAGAAGGGUAGAGUUGAAGACUUUGAUGAUAUACCAGGGAGUUUUGAAGAAGAACUCGCUUUAUUUGAAGUGAUAGAAUCAGAAUCAGAACCUAGUCAACAAAGUCAGAAGUAUGACAGCCAAGAAAGUGUUGCUGGAAUUAGUGACAUUGUUGCAGAAAACAAAAACAGAUGGUGUCGCCCUGCUCCCCCAACAAUAGAUCCAUCGAAAGACAGUUUGGUUUUCCAGCAAUUCGAGAUAGACAACUAUGUUGGUUCACAUCUGAAUGGGAUGCCAGGCUUGAGAGAUGGCCCAAAACCCAUCAUGCGAAUGUAUGGUGUUACCAACAAUGGAAACAGUGUGCUAUGCCAUGUCCAUGGAUUUGUUCCAUAUUUCUUUAUACCUGCUCCAAAAGGAUUUGUCUCAGAACACUGUGGAUUGUUCCAAAGUAAUCUUAAUAAUAUAGUUCUAUCAGAUAUGAGGUCGAAUAAGGACAAUGUUUCCCAGGCUAUUGUUGCAGUUGAGCUAACAGAGAAAGAGAGCAUUUAUGGAUUUCAUAACAAUACUAAAAUCCCAUACUUGAAAAUCUAUGUUUCUUUGCAAAAACUCAUUUCACCAGCAAAGAGGAUUCUUGAAGCUGGAUUCAACUGUCCACCCUAUGGACUUAGAUCAUAUGCAACAUUCGAAAGCAAUAUUGAUUUUGAGGUUCGGUUCAUGGUUGAUUCAAAUAUUGUUGGAUGCAAUUGGAUUGAAUUGCCACCAAAGUCUUACAGGAUAAGGGAGGCUUCAAAAUCUACAAGCAGAGGUGGCCUGACCCCAACAUCUCAUUGUCAAAUUGAAGUUGAUGUUGCUGUAGAUAAACUGAUCAGUCAUGAACCAGAAGGUGACUGGGACACAGUGGCACCUCUAAGGAUACUCAGCUUUGAUAUUGAAUGUGCAGGUCGAAAAGGAAUUUUCCCCGAGCCAGAGAAAGAUCCUGUUAUCCAAAUUGCAAAUAUGGUUAUACGACAAGGGGACAAAGAUCCCUUUAUAAGAAAUGUAUUCACCCUCAAUACUUGUGCCACUAUAGUUGGAUGUCAGAUUUUGUCUUUUGAUAACGAAAAAGAUUUACUACAGGCGUGGUCAGAUUUCGUGACACAAGUCGAUCCUGACAUUAUCACUGGCUACAAUGUUGUCAAUUUUGAUAUCCCUUACUUGAUAAACAGAGCCAUAACUCUCAAAGUUGGCAAAUUUCCACUUCUAGGACGGACGAUUAAUGAAAGGAGUGUUGUAUCAACAACAACUUUCCAGUCACGGGCAUAUGGUAAAAGAGAGAAUAAGUCAAUCAAUGUAUCUGGGAGAGUGCAAUUUGAUCUUUUGCAUAUUCUUCUAAGGGAUUACAAACUUCGCUCGUACACUUUGAAUUCAGUAAGUUAUCAUUUUUUGCAAGAACAGAAGGAAGAUGUGCAGCAUUCGAUCAUUACAGAUUUACAGCAUGGUAAUUCGCAGACCAGAAGAAGACUGGCCAUUUACUGCAUGAAGGAUGCUAUUCUCCCGCUGAGACUGCUAGAGAAGCUCAUGUGCAUCAUUAAUUACAUGGAGAUGUCAAGGGUCACUGGUGUACCGCUCAGUUAUCUGUUAACACGUGGGCAGCAGAUCAAAGUUGUAUCACAGCUUUUACGAAAGACUAAUAAACAAGAUUUGCUUAUCCCUGCGCAAAAGAUUGAAGCUGGCGAUGAGUACGAAGGAGCCACUGUUAUCGAGCCAAGCAAAGGGUAUUAUGAUGUCCCGAUCGCAACCUUGGAUUUCGCAUCACUGUAUCCCUCCAUUAUGAUGGCUCAUAACCUCUGCUACACCACACUCCUAUCACCACAAGCAGCCAAAGAGAUGAAUGCAGAUGAAUACAUCAUAACACCAUGUGGAAAUUAUUUUGUUAAAUCAAAAAUGAGAAAAGGGCUUUUGCCGGAAAUUUUAGAGAGUCUUCUUGGAGCAAGAAAGAAAGCCAAAGCUGACCUGAAGAAAGAAACCGACCCGUUCAAAAAGAAGGUUUUGGAUGGCAGGCAGUUAGCCUUAAAGAUAAGUGCAAACUCGGUGUACGGUUUCACAGGGGCACAAGUGGGCAAACUUCCAUGCCUUGAGAUUUCGUCUAGUGUGACGGCUUUUGGUAGACAGAUGAUUGAGCGAACCAAACAGCUCGUUGAGGACCGGUAUUGCAUUGCCAAUGGAUAUAAACACGAUGCAAAGGUUAUUUAUGGGGAUACUGACUCAGUGAUGGUUCGUUUCGGUCUUGACACCGUGGCAGAAAGCAUGGAAAUUGGAAGGGAGGCUGCCGAGUACAUCUCUGGUCAUUUUGUUCAGCCGAUCAAACUUGAGUUCGAGAAGGUCUAUUUCCCCUAUUUGCUUAUCAGCAAGAAGAGGUAUGCGGGUCUUUACUUUACGCGUCCGGACAAGCAUGACAAAAUGGACUGCAAAGGAAUCGAAACCGUUAGGAGAGAUAACAGCCCUUUGGUAUCUAGUUUAAUCAGCACCUGUCUACAAAAGUUGCUUAUCGAUAGGGAUCCAGAUGGUGCAGUCAACUACACGAAGCAAGUUAUAUCGGACCUGCUUUGUAAUAGAAUUGACAUUUCACAGCUAGUCAUUACAAAGGAGCUGACGAAAACAGGCGAAGAGUAUUCUGGAAAACAGGCACAUUCGGAACUGGCAGAGCGGAUGAGAAAGAGAGAUGCUGGGUCUGCACCCAAGCUAGGUGACCGUGUUCCUUAUGUCAUCAUUGCUGGAGCUAAGGGUGCCAAAGCAUAUGAAAAGGCUGAGGAUCCAAUCUAUGUGCUUGAGCACAAUAUUCCAAUCGAUACAAAAUAUUACCUGGAAAACCAACUGCAGAAUCCACUGAUGAGAAUAUUUGAGCCGAUUCUUGGUGAAAACAAAGCAUGUGACAUCUUAAUGAAGGGUGAACACACUCGCGUGAAGACGGUAAUAACCUCCUCCAUAGGGGGACUAACGAAAUUCACUAAGAAAAUGGCGACUUGCAUUGGGUGUAAGUCAGUACUUCCUAAAGAUGCCCAAGACUCUGCUGUUUGCAAACACUGUGCUUCGAGGGAAUCGGAAAUUUUUCAAAAGGAAAUGUCACAGUUGAGUUCCCUGGAGGAGAAGUUCAAUCGGCUCUGGACCCAGUGCCAGCGGUGCCAAGGAAGUUUACACGAGGACGUUCUCUGUACAAGUCGAGAUUGUCCAAUCUUCUAUAUGAGAAAGAAAGUCCAAAAAGAUCUUGCUCACCAAGACAACGUCAUCAAGCGAUUUGGAAGUUUUGAUUGGUAGAAAUUGAUCGAGCAAUUUGUCAACAAAGAAAUGAGUAAUAUCAUCCCAAACAGUUUACUUCUUUAGAAUAGCAUGCUCAUGUCCUUGAAUUAUUAUUGUGGGCAAUGUCGUGUCUGAGAAUGUUAAUAUUGCGGGUUUAUUAGAAUAUUUUACGUGGUUACGUAUUAGAAUAUUAUACCGACAAGAUCACAUUUAGGGUGUUUUCAUUUGAUGGCUAGUCUCAAUGUCAAUUGAUUGCCUCGAACGAUAAUUCUCAAUAUUAGGUACUAGGCGUACCGAGAAGAGUUUGAAUUAGGCCAAUAGCUCUGAACUUAUUUAGGAUCUUUAAACUUAAAUAUGAUACAUCUGCAAAUGGUAGCUUUAUUGUUUCUUUUUCAGAGGACGUAAAUUUGUUAUGAAACGUAUAGCAUUAGUAACUAUACUCAGUUUUAGGCCAGACAGUUGUCUCAUUUUAGGCCAGACAGUUCAUCUUUUAAACAUAGGUAUUUUUAAACACACCUAUUUCAUAGAGAUCUGCCUGCGUUUCAAAUACAACCGUUGUUUUAAGUCUCUCUGGGCAAAGUUUGUAGAAGCAACUGAGCUCUAUGUCUGCAAGAUUUCUUUUACGUAAGGUUGGCAUCAGUGCCUUUAUUUAGCAGAAAAAGCAAUAAAAGUUAUUGCAGAGCCCAUUUAGAGGAUCCUUUGAAGCAAGAACGACCAAAUGAUGGAAAAGACGCAGCCUGAUAUGUAUUUGUAUGAGGAUAAACCAGUAUUCCCACUGUUCAAAUUUCUACUGAUUAGCAAAAUUUCUAUUUUAACAUCUUGGCAUAGAUCAUGUCAUGAUUGUAGCCAGGGCUAUUUUGCAACCCUGAUGUUAGCUAUUAUUGCUUUCGACAAGGCCCAACAAAAGAAAAACUAGGUCUAGAAAACUUAAAGAGACACGAGAGAAAAUGAUAUUUUCACAGGGAGGAAACUUGGAGCUGCUUGUCGUGCGCUUCGCAGUUAGAAAAUUAUCUUCACCUCGCUGUUGUUUUCUUUGACCUCUGUAACACACCCAACAGUGUGGCAACCAUUCUUUUUAAAUGUCAUGUCUUAUAUUGUGAAUGAAAACUUGAUUUGUAAAAAUUUCAUAACUUGAAAAUUGUCAUUUAUGCGGCUUAAUUAUAAUUUUCUUUCUGGUGUUACAAUUAUGUUUCAUACACAUAUCAGAUGAUUUAAAACCCAAUACAACCUUCAUUAGAGUUUUAUGAAGAAAAAAUGUUUAAACAUUUUUACAUUGCAGGUUUUCAGAAUCAUUAAACUUUGUGGAAUCUUUGUGAAACCGAAACAGUCUUUUCAUUUUCAACUUUUUUGCUAACACUAUACUUAUGUGACAAGACAUUUCCAUAAUCUAUUCUUGAGCAUUUAAGCCAGUGUUUUGCAGCCACUGUUCCGUUGCACACAUGUGUGCCGUUAGAUAGUGUCUGUUGUGACGUGGAAUAUUCUGUUACUCCACCUAAUUGGUCUAAAACAGGCCCAUAUCUCACACAGAAUGGGAAAAAAUAUUCUAUUUUAUUAUAAAGUGCUUCUCUGUGUUUAUUCUAGUCAUAUUCAAGACUAAUUGAUGGAAACAACUAUAUAUUGCGAAUUCACGUCACAGAGUUUCAUUUGUAAACAUUGUUUGUUGAUGGGGUGCCUCGUGAUUUUUUCUAAGAAAAAUUGUGCCGUGGAUACAAAAAGGUUGAAAAGCACUGAUUUAUGCUACAAUAUUAAAAAAUGUUCUUCCUUUUAUUUUGGUCGGUAAUGGUUGUUUAAUUAUUUGGCUGAUAAUGGCUGUUUUUGAGUGCUAACAUAACUUCUAAAGACAUAGUACAUUAACUUUCUAUUUCCAAUUUUUUUAAAAAUAUAUCUAAUUUUGAUACAGAUCAAACACAUUUCACACCGCAACAUAAGUUCAAAUUUCCCUUCCCAUGUUGCGCUCUACUUCUUUCAAAACACGUUAUUUUCUUUCUUACAAAUUUGUAGUAUCUUCACGAUCCCUUAUUUAUCAGAAUCUUGUCAUUUUGAUUCAUGCAGUUCCCAGUGCAAACUUAUUUUCUCGCGGAUAGACAAAAGAAGCACGUUGUAAUAAACACAGUCAUGUUAAGAGUAUUUUCUGCAACUUUCAUUGCUUGUCUGUUUUUUCAUUCGCGUAGCAGCGAUAAAGGAAAUAAUACCUGGCGUGACAGAUAUGAAAUUUCAAUACUCUUCUUUCAUAAUAUAAUUAAACAUGUUGACGCGAAAUUCUGAUUAAACCACUCUCCAUAGAAAGUUCUUUCAAAUUGAUUAUUAAAGACAAUCAUUGCUUGCCAUUCGUAUCCCAGCAUCAUUGAGAAGGUAGGCAAUGAAGGCCUACCAAUAACCAGUGGCGGUUUUAGGGACUGCGGGGCCCGGGAACAAAAACAUCUGCGGGGCCCUUUCUUUUUACAAUUUUUGUUUUUUCUUAGGUGUGGGGCCCCUUUACGCUACCAUUACGCUUAUGAUAAGUGCGGGGCCCUGGGCAGGGCCCAUGCCACGAAGUCGAGAGUGGGGGGCAAGGCUUCUUCCCCCUUCUACCGCAGCUUUAAAGCUACUUGGUUCGCAAAAAAUCAGGGAGCAUGGCCAACACCCCCCCCCCCCCCCGGUGGCGUGGGGCCAUUUCCUUUUAUUCACUUUAUUUAAUGUUGGUUUACAAAAUACUAGCUAAUAAACAGCUAAUUAACACCAACUUGUAACUAUAACAAAUAUAACUAAGAAAAAUCGUGAUGUUUACAAGUAUCCAAUAUUAGAAAUAUAUGGUGUGCAUAGUCUACACGAGCAAGUAAGAUCCGUCUGUUAAAUUUUAGCUUUGAAUACUUAACAAUUUUCUGUCGAUCGAAUAUCUAAUGAUAUAGAACUCUACAAUUCAUUACAUCUAUAGGAUAUUGCAUCUAGCCCAUAAGUAACAGUGUUCGGCUUUUUUUGUAUAAAAGAUUGAUUUCGUAUAUUAUAUGCAAGUUCAUUCAACUGUAAAAUCUCUUUCAUAAAUACUGGGUUUAAGUUAUUUACUGUUUUGCAUAUUUCUAUGGCUAGUAGUUGGAGGUUCUUUUGAUGUAUCCUGACAUCUUUUUUUUGUGAGAGAAUAUUUUCAAAACUUGAUUCAAAAUCAUUGUAAGCCACUCUCAGUGCCCUUUUAUGGAUAUUUUCAAUAAGUUUUCCAGAAUUUCGGCUAUAAUACAUCCAUAAAAGAGGGCAAUAGUUAAAGUGAUUAAGGUUUUCAUCAAUAGUGAUCUUUUAUAUUCAUUCAUAUAAGGGGCGAUUCUGACUAGGGCAUUUAUCUUGUUACGUGCUUCUUUACAUGCCCCCUGGACCCCCUUAAAACCGCCGCUGCAAAUAGCAACUAUUCAUUAAAUCUCGGCUUGCGUUAGACAGAUGGUUUUCCAAGGACACUGCAACGCGGUUAUUGAAUUCACAUGAUAAGAAACAUUUUAGAUAAGAAACAAAAACUUUAUGCUAGAAGAAAAUACACUAAUUUUUGAAAAGUUUAACUUAAAAAUCGUAAUUUUUUAGUAGAGUACUUUCUCGAUUUUAUUUUUGUAUGCUAUUUUUUCUACAUGAACUAUCCUGCUAUCAGCAUUCUGUUUUGUAAAUUGGGAGAGA